ACUACUAAAGCUUUAUCACCUCCACACUUCUCCUUUCACCUGUAGCAUAUUUCAACAAAUUAGAAGAACAAAAAAUUGAUUUUGGAAGAGGCUAAUUAAAUUUCCCCCCCUAAAAAUGUCAUUUGAUGGCAGUUUUCGUGUGGAUUAUGAGCUGCAGAGGUUCCUUUUUCGGUGUCCUGAGCUUGCUUCGUUAUUCCAAUUCGAUUACUUGUUAAAGAAGGGUGAUAAAGUUACAGAAGAAGAAGUGGUGAAUGCCGUGGGAGAAAUUGUGAUACAUCCCAAUUAUACAAUCCCUUUAAUUGGAUGUUUUCGCCCGCUAGCUCGGAGAAUUGUGGACAAAGCUGUUUCCUUGCUUAGGUUGGUACCAAAUUUGAAGUGCAACAAUGAUGAGGGUGACGACUUGAUGGAGGUAGACCAAGAAGAUGAUCGUGGAGAAGUUGAAGAUUUAGAUAUUGAAGAUGCUAUUCAUAUAAUUGAUGUUUAUGCUAAAAGAGGAAAGGGAUUGAAACUUCAUGAGCUAGCUUGUCUAGCUUUUUCUAGAGCUCAUGAAUUGGUUCGUUCAUUAUUGAGGUCUGUCUUGGGUUAUUUUGAGUUUGCUCCCCCUCCAUUUGAAAGGAUUAGACAGAGAAAAUCAGUUAUGGAGGCAGUUGUUCUGGAUGGAGGUGGUUUGCUGAAUGCAAUACGAGUUUCAUAUCGUCUCCUUCUAGCAGAGCCUGAAGUUUUUUCUACAAUGUGGGACUGGUCUUGCCUUUUGGACAAUAUAAGUCAGUUUCAUGAUUUCUAUUUGGGUAAAAAUGAAGAACGAAAUAGAAGCGCACAUGACAUAAUAUGGUGCGGGAUAAGAAUACUGUCAAUACUUUUGAAGUUAAAUGACCGAGCUAUAUCAAACUUCAAUCUCUGUUCUCAAGAAGCAUGUUCCUGUUUGCUGCACUGGGAAGAAUAUUGUCAGGAUGUAGCACUGGAGAAAGCAGCCUGGUAUCUAGAAUCCUCGCAUGAAAAUAAUUGUGACUUAACUGGUGGAAGCAUGAGAUUCAACCAAUGUCAUUCCUUACAAUCGUCACCUUUUGAUUCUUUAGUUCCAUCCUCAACCAUUCUGGAGAAUGGACUGUUAAAGUGGGGGGACAAGACGGUUACAUGGGAUUGUGGGAAACCUUUCAUCUUGACUUCUGCUAUGCAGAAGGGUUAUGAGAUGGUGUUCCUGGCUUUUAGUCAGAGGUGGCCAGUUCUUCUGUAUGGCCCUGCCGGUGCUGGAAAAACUGCACUGAUUUCAAAGUUAGCAGAACUUCAUGGGGGUCGGGUUCUAUUCCUUCACAUGGAUGAGCAAGUUGAUGGCAAGAUGUUAGUUGGCACUUAUGUCUGUACGGAGCAACCUGGUGAAUUCAGAUGGCAGCCUGGUUCACUUACCCAGGCUGUUUCCAAUGGAUUCUGGGUUGUCUUUGAGGAUGUUGAUAAAGCUCCUCCUGAUGUUCAAUGCAUUUUAUUGCCUCUGUUAGAAGGUGCAACUUCAUUUUUUACUGGGCAUGGAGAGGGAAUCCGGGUCCAUGAAGGUUUUCGGUUAUUUUCCACGAUGACAAGCACUAAGCUAGAUAUAUCUAUGGAAGGUAAGAGUUAUGUUAGUGCGCUUUGGCGGAGAGUAAUGAUUGCACCUUCAAGUCAUCAGGACUUGCUGAAGAUUGUGAACAAGUGGUAUCCAGAAUUGGAGUUUCUGGCAGCAGAACUUAUUGGAACAUUUGAUCGAGUUAAUGAGCUAGUAGGAUGUCAUUUUGGAACUGGUGCCUUUCUAGGUUCUCAUGGAAGGUUUUCACUAAGAGAUCUUCUCAAAUGGUGCAAGAGAAUUGCAGGUUUAGGUUUUCAUUUUGGCAGGGAUGGUCUUUCAACUUAUGCACGCGAAAACAUAUAUAAGGAGGCUGUAGAUAUCUUUGCUGCCUUUUCAACAGCUGAAAAACGGUUGGCUGUAGUGAAAGAGAUAGCUAAAAUGUGGUCAGUAGGACCUGUGGAGACUUUGUAUCCGGUUAAUAGGCCUGUUAUUCAGGAACUGGCAUCUGAGUUACGUAUUGGGAGGGUUGUACUUAAGCGUAACCACAGGGUUACCUGGGAAGAGAAGAAGCAUUUCGUUGAGAUUCGUAAUUUAAUCCACGUUCUUGAGAGAAUAGCUUGCUCUGUUAAGUAUAAUGAGCCAGUUCUUUUGGUGGGUGAGACUGGUACAGGGAAAACCACUCUUGUACAGAGUCUUGCAUCGAGACUUGGUCAAAAACUUACAGUCCUGAAUUUGAGUCAGCAAAGUGAUAUAGCUGACCUGUUGGGUGGAUUCAAACCAAUUGAUGCUCAGUUCAUCUGUAUACCCCUUUAUAAGGAAUUUGAGAACCUAUUUACUGCUACUUUUUCUUCCAAGGAGAAUGGAGAUUUUCUUGUACGUUUAAGGAAGUUUGUUUCUGAAAAGAAUUGGAAGAUGUUAUUAGGUGGAUUUCAGAAAGGUGUCCGAAAGAUAAUUGAAAUAGGAAGAUCUGGGUCUGGUACAAAGCGGAAGAGACCUUUGGGUGAUGAACUGAUAAAGGCUUGGGAAACCUUUUCCCUGAAGCUAGAUAAAGCGCGUAUGCAGAUUGGUUCUACUGGUGGAAUGAUAUUUUCUUUUGUAGAAGGAGCUUUUAUUUCUGCACUUAAGAAUGGUGAAUGGAUACUGCUCGAUGAGGUGAACUUGGCUCCUCCUGAGACCUUGCAGCGAGUUAUUGGUGUACUUGAAGAAGAGACUGGAUCUCUUUGUUUGACUGAAAGGGGUGAUGUUGAUUAUGUAAAUAGACACUCGAACUUCCGCAUAUUUGCCUGCAUGAAUCCUGCAACUGAUGCUGGGAAGAGAGACUUGCCCGUAUCGUUAAGGAGCAGAUUUACAGAAUAUUUUGUUGAUGAUUUGUUGGAUGAUGAAGACCUUUCUUUGUUUAUUAGUCAGUUUAUUGAUGAGGAUCAUUCAAAUAGAGAACUAGUUAGUAAAAUUGUGCAGUUCUAUAAAGCAGCCAAGAAGCUAUCUGAUGAUAAAUUACAGGAUGGUGCUAACCAGAAGCCCCAAUAUAGUUUAAGGUCUCUUUACCGUGCACUAGAAUACACAAAAAAAGCAAAGAGAACUUUUGGACUUGCAAAAGCCCUUUAUGAUGGUUUUUGUAUGUUUUUUCUGAUUGCAUUAGAUGAACCAAGUGCUAAAUUAAUGAACCAAUUGAUUACUAAAUAUUUAUUAGAGGGCAAAAUACCUCCACAGAUUUCCUUUGAUGCUUACUUGUUAGAUAGAGGAAACUCAGGGUCUGAUGAUUUGACAGAGAGCUAUAUUUUGACCAAGAGUGUCAAGGAGCAUAUUAGAAACUUGGCGCGUGCUAUAUUUGUUGGAAGAUACCCAGUUCUGCUUCAGGGGCCAACAUCUAGUGGAAAGACGAGCCUUGUCCAGUAUCUUGCUGCGAUCACAGGUCAUGAGUUUGUGAGGAUCAAUAACCAUGAACACACUGAUCUGCAGGAGUACCUGGGUUCCUAUGUUACUGAUGCAAAUGGGAAGCUUGUCUUUCAUGAGGGUGCACUUGUUAAGGCGGUUCGAAACGGUCAUUGGAUAGUGCUAGAUGAGCUGAACCUUGCCCCAUCGGAUGUGUUAGAAGCUUUGAACAGGUUGCUAGAUGAUAAUAGAGAGCUUUUUGUCCCUGAGUUGUGUGAAACUGUUCGAGCACACCCAAACUUCAUGCUGUUUGCCACUCAGAAUCCACCUACCUUGUAUGGUGGUCGCAAAAUUCUUUCACGAGCAUUUCGCAACCGUUUUGUGGAGAUCCAUGUCGAUGAAAUUCCAGAAGAUGAGUUGAGCACAAUAUUGACCAAUAGGUGUGAAAUCCCAGAAAGCUAUUCUAGGAAAAUGAUUGCUGUCAUGAAGGAAUUACAAGUGCAUAGGCAGAGUACUAAAAUUUUUGCUGGAAAACAUGGUUUCAUUACUCCACGCGAUCUGUUUCGGUGGGCUAACCGUUUCAGGGAAUUUGGGAAGUCCUACGAAGACCUAGCUCGUGACGGUUAUUAUUUGAUGGCUGAGAGACUGCGAGAUAAUGACGAGAAAAAAGUUGUCCAGGCAGUUUUGGAACAGCAGUUGCGGGUUAGACUUGCUGAGGAUGAUAUGUACAAGCAGGAAGUAGGAGGUAGAGAUAAGAUCUUGGAGAUUUCUAAGCAUUCAGGAGCUGCAGGACAGCUGGACAAAAUUGUUUGGACUAAAAGUAUGUGGAGGUUGUACUUUCUUGUUGAGCGUUGUUACAAGUUGCGUGAGCCUGUUCUCCUUGUUGGUGAAACGGGGGGAGGGAAAACUACUGUUUGCCAGCUGCUUAGUAUCAUUUUGGGUUCAAAAUUGCACAUUUUGAAUUGCCAUCAAUAUACAGAAACAUCUGAUUUUCUUGGGGGUUUCUAUCCUGUACGCGAAAGAUCGAAGAUUUCUACAGAUUUCGAGUACCUUUGCAAGAAGUUGAUGCAUGCCAAGGCUAUUGUGAACUAUCCUGGAGAUUCUAUGAUUUCUUCAGAUAUCAAUCAUGCUUCUUCCACUCUUCAUAAGCUGUCUGUUAUCUUAAGUAGCUACCGGCAGAGUCUAGUUUGGGGUCCUGAUGUAACUAGUCAAGAUGUUGACUACAUUGGACAACUGAAUUUGGACUUGGUUCAAUUGUACCAGAAAUGGCAGACCAUUUUUAUGUGGCAAGAUGGACCUCUUGUUGAAGCGAUGAAGAAAGGAGAGUUAUUUCUCGUGGAUGAAAUCUCUUUAGCUGAUGACAGUGUACUUGAAAGACUAAACAGCGUAUUGGAGCCAGAAAGGAAACUGUCUUUGGCUGAGAAAGGAGGCUCUGAUCUCCAGAAAAUAACUGCUCAUCCUAACUUUUUUCUACUUGCAACAAUGAAUCCUGGUGGUGAUUUUGGCAAAAAAGAAUUGUCUCCUGCCCUUCGCAAUAGGUUCACGGAAAUAUGGGUGCCACCUAUUACUGAGUUGGAUGAGCUUAAUAGUAUUGCUCUUGAGAGCAUUUCAAACGCAAACUUUAGUGUGCUGGUAGAUCUUAUGAUGAAAUUUUGGGAGUGGUUCAACAAUUUACAAACAGGACGGGCACUUACCGUGAGAGAUCUUCUAUCAUGGGUAUCCUUUAUUAAUGUGACAGAGAGAAUUCUUCAACCAGAAUCUGCAUUCCUUCACGGGGCAUUUCUUGUUUUGCUCGACAGCCUAAGUUUGGGUACAAAUAUUUCAAGGACAGAUGCUGCAGGGUUGCGAGAGAAAUGCCUUUCAUUUCUUUUAGAUGGACUAAAGGAGCUCAAUUUUAGUUUUGAUUGCUCAAAUAAUUCCAUGUUGGUGCCUUAUGGUUGGGCCGAUCCUGGAAGAUCUGCUGUUAUAGAGUGCACUGAUACAAUGCAAUGUGACAAUCGCUUUGGGAUUCCUCCUUUCUAUAUUGAGAAAGGUGGGAAUUGUUUUGCUGGUGAGAAAUUUGAGUUUCUAGCACCGACGACCCGCAGGAAUGCAUUGAGAGUGCUCCGUGCCAUGCAGCUUGCUAAACCUGUUCUGUUGGAAGGGAGCCCUGGCGUUGGAAAAACAAGUCUGAUUGUAGCCCUUGGCAAAUUUUCUGGGCACACAGUAGUGCGGAUAAAUUUAUCAGAGCAGACGGACAUCAUGGACUUGUUUGGGUCUGAUUUGCCUGGCGAGGGUGAUGAAGGGAUACAAUUUGCAUGGUCUGAUGGAAUUCUUUUACAGGCUCUAAAGCAGGGAUCGUGGGUGCUUUUGGAUGAACUCAAUCUUGCUUCACAGUCUGUCUUGGAGGGGUUAAAUGCUAUUUUGGACCAUCGGGCUGAGGUUUUCAUUCCAGAGUUAGGUCGCACUUUCAAGUGCCCACCAUCUUUCAGAGUUUUUGCUUGUCAAAAUCCUUCAAAUCAGGGUGGGGGACGGAAAGGUCUUCCAAAGUCCUUCCUCAACAGAUUUAUGAAGGUUUAUGUCGAUGAGCUAGUUGAGGAUGACUAUCUUGCUAUUACUAGUUCGCUCUAUCCAACAAUUUCACAUUCUCUUCUCUCCAAGCUGGUUUUAUUUAAUAAGAGAUUACAUGAAGAAAUAAUGUUGCAUCACAAAUUUGCUCAAGAAGGAUCCCCUUGGGAGUUCAAUCUCCGAGAUGUAAUUCGUUCCUGUGAAAUCAUAAAAGAUGCCCCCAGUAUAUCAGAAUCUGAUUGCUUUCUGAAUCCUGUUUAUGUUCAAAGAAUGCGCAGUGCUGUUGAUAGAGUGGAGGUCUUAAAGCUUUAUGAGCAGGUAUUCAAAAUGAAGCCCAGCAUAAAUCCUCAUCCGCGGGUUCAGCUGAAUCCCCAGUAUUUGAUUGUUGGGAAUGUAUCUAUCGAACGAAAUCAUUACCUGUCACCUGGAGUGUCCAAUAGCGACCUUAAAAUUUUGCCUGGCUUCCGCAAUAGCUUGGAAGCUGUAGCACAAUGUGUUAAGAACCAGUGGCUAUGCAUAUUAGUUGGACCUGCAUCCUCUGGUAAAACCUCAUUGAUACGGUUGCUUGCUCAGCUGACAGGAAAUGUACUUAAUGAGUUGAAUCUUUCUUCUGCAACUGAUAUCUCUGAGCUCCUUGGAAGCUUUGAGCAACACAAUGCUGUUCGAAAAUACCGUCUUGCCAUUGCUUGGAUUGAAUCCUUUAUAAAUGAAUAUUGUGGUCUGCUGCUGGAAUCUUCAUGCAAGGAAUUUAUGAUGAGAAAAGAGCUGUUUAUUCUGUGGCUGUCCUUCUUAUCAAGCAUCAAGAACAACCCUCCAACAAGUUCUUGCUCUUCAUAUGUUGAUACUUGGAGGACAAAGUACUUUGAGUCUGCCUCUACGUUGGUUAACAUUAUUGAACAUCUAAAGUUGGUGGUUGAGGAAACAUCAUUGCCUUUGUCUUGGUCUAUGAAGGAUUUGGAUACAACUCUCGCAAUGAUCAAGAAAUUUGAAGAAGGUCACUCAAAAAGGAGACAUUCCUCAAAGUUUGAGUGGGUAACUGGCAUGCUUGUAAAGGCUAUAGAAAAUGGAGAGUGGAUAGUAUUAGAUAAUGCAAAUCUCUGUAACCCAACGGUUCUUGACAGGAUAAAUUCUUUAGUUGAACAAUCUGGAUCCAUCACCAUCAAUGAAUGUGGAACAGUUGAAGGAAAGCCUGUAAUUCUUCAUCCCCACCCUAAGUUUCGGAUGUUUCUAACAGUUAACCCUCUUAAUGGUGAAGUUUCACGUGCAAUGAGAAAUAGAGGGGUUGAAAUUUUCAUGAUGGGGCCUGAUUGGUUGUUUGAUGACAAAUGCACUGAAAUUGAAAUCGAGCUUGAGAAUGCAAAGAGAUAUAUUGUUCUUUCUGGGGUAACUUCUGGUAAGUUAGUUGAUUUGAUGGCCAAUGCCCACAUGAAUGCGAAGGUUGAAGGUGCACUGCUCAAAAUUAGGAUCACACUUCUUGAACUUGCACGCUGGGUGCAGUUGUUUCAGCAGCUUCUUACAAAUGGUAAUCAGUUUUCAUGGAGCUUGCAAACGAGUUGGCAGCAUACCUAUGUUUCUUUAUUUGGUGUCGAUGGAGGGAAGAGUAUUGCUGAUCAAGUGGGAGUUCGUAUUUCUCUAAUACCAAAGUUUCAGGACUUUAACUCCUCUCAAGCUGGCUUGUUGUCUUUGCCAGGGGGAUGGCCAGCACCCCUGAAAUUGAGGGACUAUAUUAUAUAUUCAAAAGAAACUUGUAUAAGGCAAAAUUGCAUGUACCUCGAAUUCCUGGGAGCUCAGACUGCCUGUUAUUUAACUUCUGCUGCAUUACGUAAUGCACUGGCUCCAACUUCAGUGGUUAACUCACUCGUGAUGGAUACAAGGCUCUUGCAUGCCAUGAUGUUUCCUAAAGAUUCAAGUUAUCAAGCUGAUGUUUGUGGCGGGGCAAAAGAACUUAACUUGGAUUUAGCCCGGGAAAUGUUGUUGUAUGCUGCAAAUUGGGCAUUUGAACAGGCUACUGAAAGUGAUUACAAGCUUUAUCUUCUUUGGUUUUCCCAUGUUGGUUCUCUAUUACAGCAACAUUCUUCAUUCUUUAGUUUUUAUGCUUCUAUUCUGGCAAAGGAAUUAGAACAUCCAAUAUGGAAACAAAUUUUUAGUUGUCGUUGUGAGAUUGUGUCUCAUAAUUUGGUUAAUUUGGAUACUUGUCCAAUACCUUUACUUUCAGUUGAAGUGGUUGAUUUAACACCAGCUGACAAUGUGUUGAAAUCCUGCUGCGGAGUUCUUGUGAAAGCCAUUAAGAGUGUUAGAUUACUGAGACUUAGCCAUCUGCAGUGGAGCUCCGAGAUAGGUUACAAAUACAGUAGGGAAACACAGUUCUUUAAACCUGUUUUGAGAUCUCUUCAGGAGUUGGAGAAGAACAUACUUGAAAUGUUUGUCCUGUCACCUUCUUUUGAUGUGCUGUUCCAGUUGUACAGUAACCUCUUCGAACAUCACACUCUACUAUGGACAGGCAUUAUUACUUCUCAAAAUGAGUGCUUGCUAAUAUCUUGGAGAUCUUUGAUGAAGGAAGUUUCAAGACUGUCGGAAUUUUUCCCAAAAGAAGUAGAGACGUUUCAGGGUGUUGUAGAGAAUUUGGAUAAGUUCUCAAGAAAAUGGCCUUCACAGUUGCAAAAGUCCUUGUUGUGGGUCCAUGGUGGGCAUCCAUAUCUGCCACCUUCUGCUGAAUUAUAUGAGAAAUUGUGUCAGCUACUAAGCUUUUGUGAACGACUUUGGCCGGGGAAGAGAAAUAGCAGGGAGCUAGCAACGGAUGAUGUAAUCAUUGAAGCGGCUUCAUAUUCUAAUCCAGAACUACGACUCAUUGCCAUGCGUGGUGUCUCUAUGUCAUCUUAUGUCAUGGCAAAAGUUGAUGAAAAUGGUAUCAGCCCUGUUGAGCAGUUGGAGGAGAUGUACCAGAUGCUUUCCAGAAGGUUUGAUUUUGAAAAAGAGAAGUUGAAAGAGAAUUUCAGAAGCAUUAAGCAAGCCCCAAGAACAUCCAUUUUACCUGCUUGUUGUGUCUUCUUACCUGACAUGUUGUGUCAAAGGUCUAGCUUUGAUUGUUGGCUAGAGACUCUACCCAUAGUUGAUGAUGCCAGUUUUUUCCUUGAUACAAGACUACUUCAGCAACUUUCGACAAUUGCUUUAGCUGAUGGGGAGGAACAAUGCCAAGAUGUAACUGGCUUGCUUGGCCUUAUUGAGUCAGCAAUGAAUUUUUCUUUGAACUUCUCAUCAAGGCCUCCAACUGACUUUUCACCUCACCAAAAAAUUUUGUGGACCCUAGAGGCUCGGAAAACUGUCUAUAGAGGUCAGUUUCAAAAAAUGAUUGAACAGAUAUCCAGUUUUGUUCUCGAGAUGUGGUAUAUAUGGCAUUCAUCUUUGUGGACGCCAACUGCUGCUGAGAACCACUCAUGGCAUAAAUGUGACGAUAUCCUUCCUGAUGAGCUGUUUAAGCCUUCAAAAAUGGCAGCAAUUCAGAAAAUCCUGUUUGGUAUUGAGUUAGAAGAAGAAAAAAGGCACAGGUAUGGUACAUUUGCUAUCAGAAAUUAUCCGGUGCAUAGUAUCAAAAUGAGAGCUGCUUCCCGUUAUCUUUGGCAAGGUUCUCUUGAAGUAGACACAAAACAUUUUCUAUUAUCGACUGCUCGAUCCCUCUUCCAGAAGAUGAUAUUUGCACACAGAAAGUCUUUCGAAGCUGAGAAGUUUGCUAAACUUAAAGAUCUCUUUCCUUCUGAUACACAGAAGACCAUCUCGCAAGACGAAAUUGAGAUCAUGCUUUCCCUUCUUGCAUCAUCAAAUCACAAGAUGAUCUCAUCAGAUGAGAUGAAACCUUUUGUUGAGCCUUUGCUUCAAGGAUUGUAUCUCCCAUGCUCGCCUGAGUCCUUUACAAAUAGGAUAGGGAGUGUAUGGUUGCUCAUUGGAGCUUUCCGCUACCAGCUUCUGAUUUGCUGCACUGAUCUGGAUCCAACUGCAAAAUACUACUUAAAGUACUCAAGAGUUGUGGAAAAGAUAUCUUCUCUUCAGCUCGAAGCUCAGGUACGCAGUGACUGUGUCCUUUUGGCUGGAUCUUUUCAGUUGAGGGAACAAGAAAGAGAUAGAUCUAUGUUGUUGGAAGAUCUCCAUGCUGAACGAAAGAAACUGCAAAGAAAGAUUGUUUUCCGUGCUGAACCUGAGAAAUUCAAGAGAAUGAAGGCAGAAUGCGACGACUUCCUUGGGACUGUUGAUAAAAUUGUUACUACUACGGUUAGUUGGACCCAGAAUUUUAAAAGCAUAAGUGUGGAAGAGAUAUCUGGCAUAGUGCGCAACUGGCAGGAAACGGCUACAAAAGCCAUAAAGCAGUUAUCAAAUGAAUAUUCUUCGUACAUGGAUGUAAUUCAGCCAGUCCAGACAGCUAUAUAUGAAAUAAAAUUGGGAUUGUCUGUGGCUUUUUCUGGUGCCUUAAGUGAAAAGUAUCUGGAGGAACUAGGGAAGUUCGAUAUGGAAUCUGUUCUGGCUGCAGUUUAUGCCUUUGUGAGAUUCCCAAGAGGGUGUGCAUCAAAAUCUGUUUCGUUUAAUGCUGUCAAUAACGGCACUGAGCUUUUGUGUUAUGACAUUGAACUUCCAACAAGCAUCUCAGCCCUGGAUUUAAAUUUGCUGGAUAAUCUUGUCAGUUGUAAACGGAGAAUCAGUAAUGAUAGCAAGGUGUCAUCCUUGCGACUGAGAACUGCAAUGUAUCAGAAUGUUCUGGUUCGCGUGUUGCAUUCUGUUGUUGAUGCCCACUUCAUGGAUACACCGUCCUUUAAGCUAACGGAUAGGAUAUUUGAUGAGUUAGCAAGCAACUGGAUGCAAAUGAAACUUCAUGUCAGAACAACAGAAGAGAAUAAAGCUCAACAAUUUAGGUUUAAACCGCGUGCAUUCAAGAUAGAUAAUAUCCUUGAGAUUGACAUAUCAGCUCUUGGUAGUUUGGCUUCAUAUGGAAGUUUCUCAGAAUGGAAAGAGUUUCACUCUAGACAAGUAUCUUUUGAGAAACAGAAUUCUGACGAAGAACUAGAACCAAUCAUAGCCGAUUGGAAAGAUAUAGAAGACUCCCGUUUGAAUGACAUGAUCAACGUACACAAUGAGUUAUUUGGAUCGACUGAUAUAUAUCAAUCUCCUGGAUGUUUCCAUAUAUCUGAUGCAAGCAGAUUGUCUUCCUUUACUGACUCUUACUUGCUGGGAGCAGAAAUGAUUAGAGAUCUAGUAGGUUUACCAUCUUCCUCUUUGGACGCGAAACUUGCACCAGAACACUUGCUUCAUCUAUGUUUUGAGAAUGAAACAAAGUUCUGCUCAUCAAAUAAGUCAACCCUAGGAUACAACUUUUACAAGGAACCAAAUUUCUCUAUGUUGGCUAAAAUGGUGGAUCCAUUAGUAUCUCUUAAACAGCGAAUUACUCUACUUUUGGAAGAACGGGAUGAAUGUGCUCUUCAGAAAAUCUUGGUUACAAUUGAAAUGAUCUUGGCUAUGCCUCUUAGCACCCCAUUGGCUGAGGCGCUCUCCAGCUUAGAGUUUCUGCUUAGCAAAGUUCGGACGUUACAAGAAACUGUAGCGAAAUUUCCAUUAUCUGAUUUUUUGGACCCCAUAUUUGCUCUGGUGUGCUCAUGGUAUAAGUUGGAGUUUGAAUCCUGUUCGACUCUGCUUAAGGAAAUUGAAGAUCAGUUUGAGAAGAAUGCAGGGAAGUUGUGGUUGCCACUAUAUUCAGUUCUUCGACGUGAGCACUGUGCUGAUACUGAUGAAUACAACCUAACUACAAUUAGAAGCCUGAAGGAGUUCAUUGAGAUGUCCAGCAUCGGAGAGUUUAAGAAGCGCCUUCAGCUCCUGGUCGCUUUUCAUGGGCAUAUUAGUACUGGUUUAAGGAAUGGAACCUAUUCAAGCCUUUGUCUGGAGGAAAGUGUUAAAAUCCUCUACAACAGCUUUGGCUUCUAUGCACAAUUCUUGCCAAUGAUUUUGGAGCACAUUGGAACUAAUAGAAGGAAAAUUGAGGAAGAGGUAAAUGAGCUUGUUAAGCUAUGCAGAUGGGAACGUUUCGAAGAUUACUUAAGCAUAGAAAGUUCCAGGAGAACCAGGCAGAAGCUCAGAAAGAUCAUGCAGAAAUACAAUGACCUGCUGCAGCAACCUGUUAUGCUUUUAAUCAACCAAGAAGCAAAACGAAGUGGGAUAAAUCCCCAAAGUACUGAUGAACCUAGUCUCUUGGAUUCUUUUGAAAGGAGCAAAGCUCUUCUAAAUAUUGUCCUAGAUCAGAAGCAGUCAAAAAUGGACAGCCCUUCAUGGUUUUCUGAUUGGUGGAAGAAAGUAGAGAAUGCCGUACAAGGUUUGCACCUCGAUGUAUCAACAGAUGCUGAUCUAUCUAGACUAGUAGAAGGGGUUGCAAGUGUCAUCAAAGAUGGUCAGGGCUUCAAGUCUUCAUGCCUGUUAUAUCUGGAUGAGUGGAAGCAACUCAGGCAAACGAUAGAGGAAGUAUGUGGUACUGCUAUAGACUGUGUUGAUGUUUGGGUGGAUGCAAGCAAGAAAAUGGGAAAGAGAAGGGUGUUCUCUGAUUUUUUGAAGCUCUUGGAUAGCUGUGGUCUAUCAAAGCACAGAGCCUUGUUUAUGGAGGAACAAUGGAGAGUCAAUAUAUUAAUGUGCUGGUUCCUCCAGCCGUCUUAUGAUGUUCAACAUCUACUCCUAACACAAGGUUCACCGGCCUCUAAAGAUUCUGAAGUUAGUCACGGGCAGCUCCAAUGUUCACUGGAAGAGAGUUUGGAAACCAAAUGGAAAAUGGCUAACCUGUACUAUUUUAAGAGCAUCAACUCGGUGCAUGUUUUGCAGCAAAUUUGCCUAAAUUUCCAUAAGGAUUUUACUCUUGAGCAGGUUAACAAGUCUGGAUCAUACAUUGACCACCUCACUAGCAUUCAACAAGAGCAACGGGAGGUUGCAUAUGCUUUUUCUCAGCGACUCAAAUGUUUGAAAGAAUUGUUAUUGCCUUUGGCUAGCUUAUCUUCUGGUAAUAUCCCUUUCACAAAUGCGACAUGUGAUCAAUCAUUCGCCAAAAAUCAGUACUGCAUAUACAAGUGUCUUUGGCAACAAAAGCAACUUUUUGAUAACUUGUAUGGCAUGUUGUAUGAAGAGCACUUGUUUGUUCAAAUUGUAGAAGAUUUCCAUUUGAAUACUUGUCCAAGUGUUAAAGACAGCGCAAUGCAGAUUCGCCUUUUCUUUGAGAAACAUUUGCCCAUUGUUCAGGAGUCCAAGGAUUUGUUGGACAGUUAUCUUAUUGGCUUUCAUGGAGUUGGAAGAAAGGAAGAAACUCCAUUGCAUCCUAUUGCCAUCACGAAGGACAUGAAGCAGUUGGUAUAUAAGAAUUUUGAUUUAGUCAACGACUUCAAGGUUGACUUUCGUGCUUUCCAUAGACAAGAUGGAGUUGGAGCAACCAUUAAGGAUAUGCUGCUUGGAAACUUUGAGGAGAUAUUUGACAAGACCAACUUCAUACAUAAUCAAUUUAAAUCGAGAAGUACAUCUGAAGAGAGGGCCCAAGAUUUUAUCCACUAUACAAGAGAUACCACUGCACUUCAAGCUGAAUUUUACAACUCCUUGGAGAAAACAUAUAGAUCUAUCAUAGAUACUUUGAAAGGUCUUGUGACUUUGAAGAAUGGUCGUGCUCCUCCUGAUGGUGUGAAUAUCAAUGCUAUGAAAACUCUCCUUGAGUCAGCAACAAGGCAUCUACAAUCAGACCUUAGUGAUCAAUUAGUGAAUACUAUUCAUCUUGGAGGGGAGCUAUUGAACCGUUACAGCUCCAGAAAUGUGAAUUCCUAUUCGAAUGUCAGAGCACAUGUAGAAAAUCUGUAUUCACUGUUGGAUGUGAUCAUUGCCUUUGGCGAUGGUCUUCUGCAUGAUUUUCUUAUCAUGCAUAGAAUGCUAUCUAUGAUGACCCAUGCGCUGGCAAACAUUUUUGCUUCACUAUUUGCCAAAGGUUUUGGUACAAAAGAAGAGGACACAGAUGAUGCCAACCAAGAUUUAAUUCAAGAUCAAAGUGGAACAGGUAUGGGUGAUGGUAGCGGAAUGAACGAUGUCAGUGAUCAGAUAAAUGAUGAAGAUCAGCUCAUUGGCACUUCCGCUGAUAGAGAUGAAGAGAACACUUUGAGUGACGCUCCAAGUAAAACUGACAAAGGAAUUGAGAUGGAGCAAGAUUUUGUCGCUGAUACCUUUAGUGUAAGUGAGGAUUCUGCGGAUGAUGAAGGCGGCAAUGAAGAAAAUGAAGAACCGGAAUCUUUUAUGGGGGAAACUGGUAAUCAGGGUGAAGCAGUUGAUGAGAAACUAUGGGACAAAGGUGAGGAUAAUCCUAGUACCACGGAUGAAAAGUACGAGAAUGGACCAUCAGUAAGAGAUAGUGGUAUCGACAGAGAGCUUCGAGCAAAAGAUGAUGCUUCUGAAGCUGCUGAUGAAGCUGGAGGUCUCGAUCUUGACAAAUCAGAGGAGCAACCUGAUGAAAAUGGAAAUGAUGAAACUUGCGAAGGGAUGGAAGACAUAAAUAUGGACAAAGAGGAUGCAUAUGCAGAUCCUACUGGAUUGAAGCUUGAUGAACAUGAUCAAGGUCCUGAAGAUGAUUGUAAGAUGGAUGAACCAGAGAAUACUGAACCGAUGAUGGAAGAUGAUUUGGACCAGCAAGGCAACCCAGCUGAUGAAAAUGAGGGAGAUGAAAGAGCUGAUUCCGAUGCAACUUUUGAUGAGGCGGACCCUGAGCAUUUGGAUGAAAAUUCUGGAGGAGCUGGUGAAGAAGGUGAUCCUGCAAAUGACACGAAAAAAGAACCAACAACAGAAAAUAGAGAGAUGCAGCAAUCGGACACUUCGCAAUUUGUGGGUGAUAAUGUCCCAACUGCUGCGUCUGAGCCUAGAGGUGGAUAUGAUCAAGCAAAUUUAAAAGAUGCUGCUCCUGAAGCAAAGGGAUCUGAUGUUGGUGGGCUUCAACAUAACCUUGCUCCCAUGAGAGGUGUGCCUGAUUACUCUAUGGUUGAAAUCAUGGCUUCUGAUUCUUCAAAUGGCCAAAAGCUGGGCAGUGAUCAACCUGAAAAUCCUUUACCUCCAGCUGAUUCAUCACAUCAAAGGAUUCAACCUAACCCUUGUCGUAGUGUGGGUGAUGCCCUUGAGGGGUGGAAAGAUAGAGUCAAAGUCUCCCUUGACCUCCAGGAGAGUGAAGCUCCAGAUGAUUUGGCUGCUGAAAAUGCAAAUGAAUAUUCAUAUACUGCUGAAUUUGAAAAGGGAACAGCUCAAGCACUUGGACCAGCUACUGCUGAUCAAGUAGACAAAAAUGUACAUGGAAACGAUCUUGAAAGAGAAACUGCAACUACGGAGAGAAAAGAUGACACUUCUGAAGAAAUGGAGAUUGAGAGGCAGCUGUCUGAAGCACAUACUAUCAGUAAUUCUGCUUUAAGUUUCAGCAAUGACAAGGGAAAGGGAUUGGAGAUGAUGAAUACUGAGGAGCAACAGGAAUCACCAUCUGAAGUUGAUACUAGAGAUGGUACCGCUGUCCCUAGUUUGCCCCAGAGUUUGGUCUCAGUGAACAGGACCUUUUUGUCUGAGGACAUAAAUCGGCUUAGCGAGCUCUCGGUAGAUGAUGACGACCUGGGCAAGGCCCGUAACCUUGAGGUAUCCAAUGAAAUGAGAGAGAGUGCUGCAACUCUCUGGAAAAAUUAUGAAUUUCGCACUACGAGGUUGUCUCAGGAGUUGGCUGAACAGUUGCGUUUGGUAAUGGAACCGACUUUAGCUAGCAAGCUCCAGGGAGAUUACAAGACUGGGAAAAGAAUUAACAUGAAGAAGGUAAUUCCAUAUAUAGCAAGUCAUUACCGUAAAGAUAAGAUAUGGCUAAGGAGAACUCGGCCUAACAAACGGAACUACCAAGUGGUAAUUGCUGUGGACGAUUCCCGCAGCAUGUCUGAGAGUGGUUGUGGAAGUUUAGCCAUUGAAGCAUUGGUGACAGUUUGCCGUGCAAUGUCUCAGUUAGAGAUAGGACAGCUAUCAGUUGUAAGCUUUGGUAAGAAGGGGAAUAUUCGCAUAUUGCACGAUUUUGAUCAGUCAUUCACUGGAGAGGCUGGUAUUAAGAUGAUCUCUAGUUUGACUUUUAAGCAAGAAAACACAAUAGCAGAGGAACCGAUGGUUGAUCUUUUGAAGUACUUGAAUGACAUGCUUGAUACUGCAGCUGCUAAUGCCCGGCUACCAUCUGGACACAAUCCGCUAGAGCAGCUUGUUUUGAUAAUAGCUGAUGGCUGGUUUCAUGAGAAGGAGAACAUGAAACGCUAUGUCAGAGAUCUCUUGAGCAAAAAGCGAAUGGUCGCGUUUCUUGUGGUGGAUAGCCUACAGAAAUCCAUAUUGGACCUUGAGGAAGCCACCUUUCAGGGUGGUGAUGUUAAGCUGUCGAAGUAUUUGGAUUCAUUCCCCUUCCCUUACUAUGUUGUGCUCAAAAACAUUGAAGCACUUCCCAGGACGCUUGCAGAUUUAUUAAGACAGUGGUUUGAGCUUAUGCAACACUCAAGAGAAUAGGUUGCCAAAUUUUACACAUGUCAAAACUCCGAGAGGAAUAUAGGUGUACAUAAUAUCUUUCUCAGAUUUUUGGCUCAGAUCAAGUGUACAGAUGAUACAUGUAUUUAGGAGAAGCUCAGUAUCACAUCCUUGCAGUCCGUCUCCUUACAGGAUUGACAGACUUUGCUGCUUUUCUUGGCUUGAGCUUUAUUUUUUCCGCUCUCGGAGGGGGUGAGGGAGGGGUGUUUCCGUUUGGAACUGGCACACUGUAUAGCUCUGUAUAGGCAAAAUAUGGCCUCUUCUUACCUCCUUUUCAUGUUCCAACUCUUGAAACUUACCUUAAAUAGUGCAGAAGAAAAUUUACAAGCUUUAUCUUCUGAUCA